AAGAGUCAAAGACCCAAGUUAAGUUGUGUUGUGUUGAUUAAGAAAAGUUUAAAAGAAAAAGAAAAGGAAAUGUGGUUUCUGUUUGUUUGUGAUGGGGAAGAGAGGGAGUUGGGGAGGCAGCAAGCACCUGGAUCAUGCCCUUAUUGUAGAGGUAAAGUGCAAGCUAUGGAUGUUGAGAGGCAGUGGAACUUCUGUUUUCUGCCUAUUUGCUUCAAGAUCAAGAGGAAGUAUUUCUGUACUUUGUGUUCCAGGCGCUUGGAAUUGUAUUACUAGUUCUUCUUCUUCUUCAACUACCUCUACCACCAAACUAAUGUCAAAUCUCUUUCUUUUUAUUUUUAUAUUUUGAAUCACUUCAAUUUUGUGUUUUAUAUUUUUACAUAUGAUCCCAUGUUUUACAAAAAUUUCUCGUCUUUUUUUUAAUAAAGGACGAGGAUCUGACUUUUGAUUAUAUGCACUAAUUAGUCAUAUAGUAGUAGUACUACUACAGAUUUUUCCCUGAUGAGAGGCUCUAUGGAGAGAGAUCCAGAGAUGGGUAUCACGUUAUUAGUUCUCUCUCUCUCUGUUUUUAUUUUAUUUUUAAUAAUAGAAGUAACAAAUCGUAUGACUCUCCACAUGCUCAUUGGUCACUGCCAAGACCUUGAAAUGGUAUCUGUCUGUCUGUAAUACGAUCUCUUCAAAAAUUUCAAUCCAUCAACAGCAACGUACGCCAUAUAUACCAAAUAUUGUAUCUAAUUAUUCAAUUUUCUUUUCUUUCUUUUUUCUUUUU